GUCGCUUAGAGAAUCUCGCGAGAAUUCGACGGCAGCCUUGUCCCAUAAAUGAGGCUCCUUCGGCUCCCUCUGUGGGGAUUUUUCGUUUCGGAUGUUGUCGGUGUGUCAUCGUCACGCCUCUCUUUUCCUCGCGGCGGGGGCUUCCCCCAAAUUCUUCCCCCUCCCCCGUAGCCCAGAUGAGGAAAGCAUCGACCCGAACUACAACUCCCAUGAGGCUCUGCGCACCACGCCCUCGAAAUUCUCGUGAAAUCCCGUGCGACGGCGGCCCGGAGGGGACAAGAGUUACCAUGCCGACGGGAAGGACGCGCGGGCUGCGGGUCGGGGGGAGGGAAGGAGAAGAAAGUCGGCGUCAGGCGGGGCGAGGGCAGUAGUGGAGGCGAGUUGUUCAAAGGGAGGUUUAGGGUGCAGGAGGGGACGGGGAGGCCGGAAAGGGGCAAUAAGAAGGACUGUGCGGGGAGGGCCGCAGGGGCGAGAGGGAGGCAGGAGGCCUGGUGACCAGCGGCCAACUCGAGGGGUUGACCAUGUACAGCCGGGGCCUGGUGGCAGGACCGGACUUGGAGCAUUUCCGCCGCCGGUAUUUCACCCCCUGGGAGGUGGCGCAGCACAACGUGCCGGGGGACCUGUGGGUCUCCUACCUGGGGGCCGUCUACAACCUCACGUCCCUCGUUCAGCAGUACAAGGGGGACCUCCUGCUGAAGCCCAUCCUGGAGGUUGGGGGACAAGACAUAAGCCAUUGGUUUAACCCAAAGACCCGAGAUUUAUGGACGCACAUCGACCCGGUGACUGGCUGCCGCAAGUAUUACACCCCUCAGGGCCGUUUCGUCCACGUCCCGCCCCCUCUGCCCCGCUCCGACUGGGCCAAUGACUUCAAGCGUCCCUGGUGGGAAGGCACCCGCUACCAGGUGGGGCUGUUGGCCACCAAGACCCGGCUCGUCCGCAUCAUCAACACGCUCACCUCGCAGGAGCACACGCUGGAGGUUGGGACGGAAGAAUCCCUGUGGGAGAUCCUGCACCGCUACCUUCCCCAUAAUGCCCACGCGGCGAGCUACACAUGGAAGUGUGACGGCGUCAGCCUGGACAUGAACAAGACGCUGGAGCAGAACGGCAUCCACGACGAGGACCAUGAAUUCCAGCAGCUGAGCAUGGACACCGAGCUCUACACCCCGGCCCUGUUGCUCUACUUCAACGACGACCUCACCGAGCUCUGAGGGAUAACGUCGGGGGCAGCCAGCUGAGGCCAGCAAGAUGGUGCGGGGGGGGGGGGGAAGGGGGAACCGCGGGGCGGUGUGGGGGAAAAGUGGCUGGAGAAUGGCA